GAAAAGACCCCAGAGCACUUUAAGAUUGCUUGUCUCUCUGACAUCUUCCAGCUCUUCCCUGACCCCAGUCCUUUCCAUGCUGCCUUUGGCAAUAGGCCCAAUGAUGUCCUAGCCUACAGGGAAGUGGGGGUGCCAGAAUCUCGGAUCUUCACUGUCAACCCAAGGGGAGAACUGACCCAGGACCUGAACUCUGGCUUCAAAUCUUCGUACUCUGCUCUGUGUGAUUUGGUGAAUGUCAUGUUCCCUCCUCCUUCGUCCUACGCCAUCUCAGCUCUGCUGUCUCCGCAGUUUAAUGACUUUUCCUAUUGGAGAGACCCA